CGGGAAAUCAACCAUUGUGCAAGAAUUUCUGAAAAAAUUGGUAAACGAUGGCGAGCUACAAACGAUGAAAAAAUUAGAAACGGAAUGGAAGGAUUACAAAACCUCUCUCGGAAAACAUUACAAUCAAAGUGAAAAUAACAUGAGAAUGGCAAUAUUUGAAAGUAACGAAUUAACGACAGAAAAGAUGAAUAGAGAGUAUGACGAAGGCUUAGUUUCUUAUAAAACCGCGUUGAAUGAUUUAUCUGAUUUGACAGAAAGUGAAUUCCUCGUGAUGAAUGGAAUUCAAUUGUCUAAUGAUACUGGAAGAAGGCACACACGACAAAUUCGUAAUUUUUACAAAUAUAAUAAAACCGAAAAAUUGCCGAGAACAGUUGAUUGGAGAAAAAGAGGAAGCGUCACACCGAUCAAAGCGCAAGGUGCAUGUGGCAGUUGUUAUGCAUUCGCCACAGUUGCGGCAUUGGAAGCCUAUCAUAAAAAGAAGACCGGAAGACUUAUCGAUUUAUCACCACAAAAUAUUGUCGAUUGUACAUGGAAAUACGGUAAUAACGGUUGCCGCUCUGGUUUUAUGGUUACGGGCUUUAGAUAUGCCAAAUCGUUUGGCAUUAUGGCAGAGUCAAAAUAUCCAUAUGUUUCCGUUGUCAGGAAUUGCAAAUGGCGACAAAAGUAUGCUAUUGCCAAAGAUAACGGUUAUUUUGAAAUAGAAGACGGCGACGAAUUGGCACUCAAGCAUGCUGUUGCUAAGCAUGGACCCGUAACUGUUGGAAUGUCCGGACAUCAACGUGGUUUCCUACUUUAUAAAUCCGGUAUCUAUAAAGACAGAAAUUGUGGUAGACCAAGUCAUGCAGUAUUGAUUGUCGGUUAUGGAAGCCAUAAGACUCUCGGAGACUACUGGAUUGUUAAAAAUAGCUGGGGAACUACCUGGGGAAAGAACGGAUAUGCUUAUGUAGCACGAAAUAAAGGGAAUAUGUGCCAUAUCGCUUCAAUGGCCUCAUUUCCUAUUUGA